AUGUCCACCCUCACCGCCCAAAUGGACACCACCAACCGGCCCGACGAAUGGAAGAUCGAGCAAGGCAUGGCAGGCCAUAAACUGCCGAUUCUCGAUCAAACGGGACUGGAUACCGUGCAUAUCUACCCGCCCGGGCCGACGAAGCGCGAUCGCGACGAGGAGGCGAUUGCGGAGGUGGGGGAUCGUAAUGAACUGUUUCAGCGGGAGAGGGUGGGGUGGAAGGGAUACGUGGAAUGGGAAAAAUACCCCGAGAAAAAAGCCAAAGCGCAUCAGAUCCUGAGGUCACAGACCUUCGACCCCGUCCCGGAUUACAUGUUCGGUCCCAUUCCCGACUCGAACCCCGUGCUCACCGGCGAGGAUUUCAAGCAGUGGCAUGAGGCGUUGGGGGGCGAACUCGCCUCCGUGGCGGAGGAUUCGUGGCGGACGGUGCUCCGCGAAAAACACCCCGAUAUGUUGCAUCUGUUGCAGUUUCCGUAUAAUGGGGAGCCGCCGAAACGGUUGGUGACGUCCAAGGUGAUCACGCCGAAUCCGUUGCAUUUUGUGCGGAAUCAUGGGGGGAUUCCGCUCAUUGAUAAGGAGAAGUGGAGUCUGGCGUUGGAUGGGUUGGUCAAGCAUCCGAAGAAUUAUACGUUGGAGGAUUUGCAGGAUGAGACGCGGUUCCCGCGGAUCGAGAAGACGGUGACGAUUCAGUGUUCGGGGACUCGGCGCAUUGAGCAGAUUAGUUUGUAUGGCGGGCAAGGGGAUGAAGUUCCGCAGGCGCCGUGGGCCGAGGGGGCGAUCGGCACGGCGCGGUAUGUGGGGAUCAGUUUGAAGAAGGUGAUUAAGGAUUGUGGGGGGUUGGUGGCCCCCGCGAAGCAUUUGGAGUUGUAUGGGGCCGAGACGUACAUCAAGGAUCUGGAGGCGAUGAAUUAUGUCGUGAGUGUGCCGUGGUCGAAAGUCAAGGCGAACGAGGUGAUUCUGGCGUGGGAGAUGAACGGCGAACCCUUGCCCAAGAUCCAUGGCUAUCCGUUGCGGGUGGUGGUGUUGGGAUAUAUCGGAGCCCGCAGCGUCAAAUGGCUGUAUCGCAUCAAGGCCAUUGAGAACCCGUCGCGCGCCCCCGUGCAGAGUCGCGAGUAUCUCUACUUCAAUCAGCAGAUCGGCAAAUACAACCAGAAGCCGACGGAGGGGAUCCAGAUCCAGGAGAUGCCGGUCAGUUCGGCGAUCAUGUCGCCCUGGACGAAGCAGGUGAUUGUGCACGAGGGGACGAUUCGGUGCAAGGGCUGGGCCUAUUCGGGGGGGGGUCGGUGGCCGGAACGGGUGGAAUUGUCGGCCGAUGGGGGAUUCAGCUGGUAUGCGGUGCCGCAGGAGAAGUUAUCCAAGAAGGGGCGCUGGACGUGGCGGACCUGGGAGAUGGAGUUGCCGUGUGAUGUGGAGGGUUGGAUCGAGAUCGUCUGUCGCUGCUGGGAUAACUCGCUCAACACGCAGCCAUUGAAUGUCCGGGCCGCGUGGAACUGGGGUCUCCAUGUGACGUCCUCGGCGCAUCGCAUCAGCGUGUACAGCGUCAACAAGAAACAUCCGGCGACGCGGCAGCGCAUUGAGAAGAUGGAGCAUUUGGGCAUUCCGUUAGCGCCGUUGACCUUUUACCAGCCGAUCCCGGGACAGACGCCCGAGGAGUAUGAGCAGUUCUGGCGCGAGCAUGAUCCCAGAGAUGUGGAUGAUUAA